AUGGUCCAAUGUCCAAUAUGCGGCAAAUCCGUCAAGCAGGCCAACAUCAACAACCACAUCGACUCCAAUUGUCUGCAAGACGUUGAGUCCGACAAACCCACCCCAUCCAUAAAAUCUUCCCCCUCGGUCGCCGGUGUCUUCAGAACUCCUGCCAAACGAGAUGCUGCUGCGAACUUCUUCUCCUCCUCCCAGCCAGUUAGGCCCUCUCCCAGUCUGAUCGAUGUCCACUCCACUCCAACCUCUCUGAAACGCUCCUUUGAUUCAGUAUCCACAAACCAUACCAAUGGUGUCAGCCAUGGCGAGGAACUUCGUAAGAGCGAAGAUAAUGACAUGCGGAAUGAACCCUCUCAAUCCCACCAUAGCUCACAUAACCUGGAUUCAUCCCUCAACCCACCACCAUCUAAAAAACCUAAACUAUCUGCCUUGGAUAAAGCCGCCCCAUUGGCAGAACGCAUGCGCCCGCGCACCCUCUCCGAGAUCUCCGGUCAAGAUCUCGUCGGCCCAAAUGGCAUCCUCCGUGGAUUAAUCGAAGCAGACCGUGUUCCAUCCAUGGUCCUCUGGGGUGGCGCCGGCACUGGUAAAACCACCAUUGCUCGUGUCAUUGCCAGCAUGGUGGGCAGCCGCUUCGUUGAAAUCAACUCUGCCAACUCUGGUGUCGCCGAAGUCAAGAAGAUCUUCGCUGAAGCCAGGUCAGAGCUGUCAUUGACAGGAAGAAAAACCAUCCUCUUCUGUGAUGAAAUCCACCGGUUCAGCAAAUCACAGCAGGAUGUCUUUCUGGCACCGGUCGAGGCUGGAAUUGUAACACUGAUUGCAGCAACGACGGAGAAUCCCAGUUUCAAAGUGCAGAACGCCCUCCUCAGUCGCUGUCGGACGUUUACUCUCUCCAAACUGACUGAGUCUGACAUUGUAGAUAUUCUCGAGAGGGCUCUGGCAAAGGAGACCGAAAACGAACGGUACACACCCUCUGAAUUGGUAGAUGGUGACCUGUUGAAAUAUCUGGCCACAUUCGCUGAUGGAGAUGCUCGCACCGCCUUGAAUCUACUCGAGUUGGUCAUGGAGCUCAGUCAACGCAAGGAUAUGACCCUGGAGCAAUUAAAACAGUCACUGACCAAAACACUCGUCUACGACCGAGCCGGCGAUCAACACUACGACACCAUCUCCGCAUUUCACAAAUCGGUCCGUGGUGGCGACGCUGACGCCGCUUUGUAUUAUUUGGCUCGCAUGAUUCAAUCUGGAGAAGACGCUUUGUACAUUGCCCGCAGAAUGAUCGUGAUUGCAUCGGAGGAUGUGGGCCUCGCUGACAACUCGAUGCUCCCACUGGCCACUGCAGCGUACACUGCAGCGGAAAAGGUUGGUCUGCCAGAGGCCCGGAUCAAUCUUGCUCAUGUCACCGUUGCGUUAUGCCAUGCACCAAAAUCCACCAGAGCUUACCGAGGCCUUGCCAAUGCUAUGCAUGCCCUUCAGGAGCCUGGAAUCGCCGGUUUACCCAUACCUAUCCAUCUGCGUAAUGCGCCGACCAGACUAAUGAAGGAGCUUGGAUAUGGCAAGGAAUACAAAUACAAUCCAGACUAUGUCGGAGGGAAAGUCAAACAGGACUACUUGCCUGAUAAACUUCAGGGCCAAUUCUUUUUGGAGGAUACCGAUUUUGGUGACAAAGUGGACAAAGAUUUGGACACCGAAUAG